AUGGACUGCGACGACCAUCAAGACUUGGUCUAUACCCCUCCCCCUUCCUCACGAUCAGAGAGUCGUAUGCGCAAAAGGCCAACCCGGCCACCACAGGAUACAAUGCAGCAGUUUUGGGACGGUUUCAAUUCCAAGUUUCCUGGAUUGGUCCAUACAGUUUUGCCAGACAAUCCGUAUGCGCGCAACAAAGCUGCCAGGGCCCCCUCGGGUAAAGUCCAGGGCCAACAUGCUUCAAAGUCGUAUGAACAGGCUCGGGCAGAGUGUCAGCGCGCUGUGGAGCGUAUUGCAAGGGAAUGUGAGCGACUCAAUCAGAAGUAUACCGACCCGCACUUCGACAUAGAAGUAGAUUUGAAAUGCAGGAGGAGAAACUAUCUAGAAGGACUAGAUGAGGAGAAUUUGGAAAUGCUUCCACGAGGCGUCAAGAGAGUAACAGAAAUAUUCGAGAAACCAGAGUUUUACAUCAAUGGGCCCACUGCCUCUGACGUGCGCCAAGGUCGAGACGGCGACUGUUGGUUUAUGGCCGCGCUAUGUACCAUGGGUAACAAACAAGGAUUGAUCGAGAAGAUUUGUGUAGCUCGCAAUGAGAAGAUCGGAGUCUACGGGUUUUUGUUUUACAGAGACGGUGAAUGGCAGCAAUGCAUCGUGGAUGACAAGCUGUAUCUCCGUGCCGCUGAUUACGAUGAGUCUGUGGAGGAACGAUCAAUCUGGGAUGACAUCAAUCGGAUCGAUACGGAGGAAGAAUAUCGUAAAGUCUGGCAGACUGGGUCACGGGCUCUCUAUUUCGCCCAAUGCGCAGAUGAGAAUGAGACCUGGCUGCCGUUGCUGGAAAAGGCCUAUGCUAAGGCUCAUGGCGACUAUUCCGCCAUCGAAGGCGGGUUUGUUGGGGAGGCGCUUGAGGACCUCACCGGCGGCGUCACUUCCGACGUACUCACUAGCAAUAUUCUGGACAAGGAUCGGUUUUGGAAAGAAGAACUCAUGCACGUCAACCAGGAAUUUCUCUUUGGCUGCGGCACCGGGAUUUUUUCCAACUGGCUGGAGCCAGAAUACUCUGGGCCUCCGAGAGAUAGGAAAGGUAUCUGUGAGAACCACUCAUACUCGAUUAUGGAGGCGAGGGAAGUUGAUGGGCAGCGCUUGCUCCGGCUGAGAAACCCUUGGGGUAAGAAGGAAUGGACUGGAGCAUGGAGUGACGGCUCCGAGCAAUGGACCCCGGAAUGGAUGGAGAAACUGGGACACAGAUUUGGCAAUGACGGCUUCUUCUGGAUUUCCUACGAUGACCUCCUCAAGAAGUACCAACACUUCGAUCGAAUCCGUCUUUUCAACGACGACUGGACAGUCACCCAGCAAUGGACGAGCCUGAACGUCCCAUGGUCAGCAACUUACCACAGCACAAAGUUCGUACUAGAUGUGAAGAACCCUGGCCCUGCUGUGAUCGUUCUCUCCCAGCUCGAUGAACGGUACUACAAAGGCCUAUCCGGCGAAUACGACUUCGACCUCAAAUUCCGCCUACAAAAAGAAGGCGAAGACGACUAUUUCGUCCGCAGCCACGGCAACGAGCUAAUGUGGCGAUCCGUCAACGUCGAAGUCGACCUCGAAGCAGGACGCUACCACGUCCUCAUGAAAGUCACAGCAUAUCGAAACAAAGAAAAGCUCCCUGUAGAAGAAGUCGUCCGUCGCUUAGCACCCACUCGCCGCGGCAAGCUACUUCAGAUUGGCCUCUCCUACGACCUAGCACACGCAAAAGGCAUCGUCCACGAAACUGAAAAUGAGAAACGCGCACGUCAAGAACGCGAGGAACGGCGAAAAGCAGCCGAUCGCAGAAAACGAAGAGAAGAAACCAAGGAGAGAUUGCAGAAAGAAUGGAUCCGGGCAAGAAAACUCGAAGCCAGACAUAAGAGAUUUGACGAAAGAUUUGCUGCUAAAUCUGGCAAGGAACGGGUUGUUAGGGACGACGGACCACCUGAGGAAGUUGUUCCUGACGGUCCCGUGCAAUCACCAAUCAGUGAACUAAAUCUCACCAAGGAAACCUCUGUUCCUUCAAUCUCAGUUGAGAACGGUCAUCCCCCUGACCACUGUGUCCGAAGCAGAAGCAAGACUUCCCUAUCCGUUCGAGUUAAGAACUCUUCUUCUUACCAUGCUGCAAACUCAGCAUACUUGGAAGGAUUUGAAUUCGACUCGGAUAUCGAUAUGUCUUCAGACGAUGAGCCAACCGAGAUCCGCACGCCGGCCAAAUCUGUUAGCAGCGCUGGCGAAGGCGAUGCCAAUAGCGAUCCAUGGAAUGCCGUCUGUGUGGUUGGGUUGAGGGUUUAUUCGAAAGAUCCUCAGUUGUCUCUGGAGGUUCUGCGUCCCGUGCCGGAGGACGAUGUCGAGGCGUCACUUGAUAUGGACGACCCGUCAGCAAGCGCAGCUACUGAAUAA